AUGGGAGACGUUGCCUUUGGGAUCCUCCUGGCUACCCUGGCCUCCCUCAUCAUGGCUCUCAAUGCCCUCAUGGUUAUUGUACUCGCACGGCUGAUCUGGAGGAGCAGCUACCUUGGUCUGUGCUUCGUCUUAAAUCUCGCCAUCGCCGAUGCCUUGGUGGGCUUCACCAUCACGGGUCUGGCAACUGAAGAGCUGUCUGAUGCUGAGCACCACAUCCCCCAAAGGUACUGUGCUCUGCGAAUGGCCUUUAUCACCUGUCCCUGCGCCGCCUCCAUCCUCACUGUUAUGCUGGUGGCCUUCGACAGGUACCUGGCCAUCAAGCAUCCUUUCCGGUAUUUCCAAAUCAUGCGCAGCCCAGUUGUUGGGGCAUUUAUCGGAGGGCUGUGGCUACUGGCCUGCUUGAUCGGCUUUCUCCCAGUGAUUGCACGCAGCUUCCAGCAGGAGAACUACCAGGGGUCAUGCACCUUCUUCGCAGUCUUCCAGCCCACGUACCUGCUCACCGUCCUCUGCGUCAGCUUCUUCCCGGCUUUUUUUGUCUUCGUCUACUUCCACUGCCACCUGCUGAAGAUCGCCUCUCUGCAAAUGCAGCAAAUUCGAGAACUGCAGCAGAUUGGGUUGGCCUCUACCUACCCUGUCUCUCCACCCUCCAGUGACAUGAAGGCCUUGCGCACGGUGGCCAUCAGCGUAGGAUGCUUCGCCCUCUCCUGGUCACCCUUCUUCAUCGGGAGCAUCGUGCAGGUUGUGUGCCAGCGGUGCAUCUUACAGCAUGUCCUUGAGCGGUAUCUCUGGGUCCUGGGUGUUUUCAACUCCCUGGUAAACCCCCUGGUCUACGCCUAUUGGCAGAAGGAGGUGCGCCUGCAGCUCUAUCGAAUGUGCCGGUGCAUGAAGAGCAGGGUCUUCCCCCUGUUCUGGACUGACAGCCAGGCUCGUCGUCCAGGAAGAGUGGUAGCUUCGGUACAUGUCAUUUCACUGGCCCAGUUUGAAGAAUGA